AUGAGCACUUACCAGGAAGACUACUCUCGCGGACGUAAUUUUCUGGCUGGCAUCGGAUCGCUCCCGUCCAGUCUCCUGCACUGGAUCCGAGGCGUCUCUGUUUGUCGUGUACCUAUGAUUCUCUAUCAAGUUUGUCUACUCUUAGCCAUCAUGGCAUGGGCUUGCUUAGUCAUGAUGAGUCGCUAUGGGUUUCAGCUCGACGAUGGGAUCUUGAUUCUGGUGGAAGGUUCUGUUAUUACCCAUCCUCCUCCUAGUAAGGUUGGAAUCUAUCUGGAACACUUCGAUGAUGGUUAUCGUCUGCCAUCCUCUGAUUUUCUUCUAGAACUGUUGGAUCACCAUAAGAUUCAUAUUGAUCAACUUGUCCCAAAUGAUGUGAAUAAGAUUGUCACCUUAGAGUUGUUGUGCCGAUGUAAUGGUAUUGUGCCUGAUAUUUGGGGCUCUCCUAAGAAUUGGCAUAACCACUGGCUUUGGGUUGAUGGUGAGAAGGUUGGUCGAAUGUUUCUUCAUGUCAAGUCUUCAUUCGAUACUGCAAUAGAAUUUUUUCCGGAGAAGGAGGACGUUGUUAGGGUCUUAAGGGGCUUAGAAUUUGUAGUUGAUGAUUUUCCGAAGUAUGCGUUGGAUGGGGAAGGGAUGAGUACUCCAUGGAGGUUACGUGGAAAGAUGCAUGAUUUAUUUGUUGUUUGUCAAGGGCGUCAGAAUCGAUAG